CUGUCCUCUCUCUCUCUCUGCACAUUGUUGCCAAAAAAAAAUGGCGCACGGCGGCUACGGAAAGCGCAGAGUCGCCGGACGCAAACCCAAACCGGUGAGCAAUAGUCGGCGGUCCAGCAAGGGACUAGGUGUUGACAAGAAAGCCAAGCCUAACCCCAAACCCAAGUCUGUCUCUCUCAAGAAUCAGAUUCGAUCCAUUCAGCGUAUGCUCAGAAAGGAUCUUUCACCUGAAGUUAGAGAGGCUCAAGAAAAGAAAUUAGAAGGGAUCAAGAAACAACAAGAGAUUCACAAUCGACUUGCUGUGGAACGUAAAAUAUUCUUGCGUGACAGAAAAAUUAAGUUUUUUGAGAGAAGAAAGAUUGAACGGAGAAUAAGACGUUUGGAGAAAAUGCAACGGGCUUCAUCUGGCCAGUCCAAAGAGGCAGAGAUUGCCGAGCAGCUUUCUAAAUUGAAAGAAGAUCUUGAAUAUGUUAGGUUCUUUCCAAAGACUGAGAAAUAUGUAUCUUUAUUCAUGGGAGGUGAUGACACAGACAUAGUUGAUAGAAGAAAUAGAUUACGUAAGCAGAUCAAAGCCAACAUUAUUGCUGCUGCUGCUAGUGGGAAGGAUCUUGAAGAGACAGGAAGCGAGGAUGAUGGGCUUUUGGAUCUGAGCGAGGAUGAUUUCUUCUUAACUGGAAGCUCUAGUGAUGAAGCUGAUGCAGAUGAUGAGUGGACUGAUAAAAGUACCAAGGAGCAAGCUUCUAGUGCUUCUGGCAAAGCAGCAUCUGGCAUGUCCAGCGAUGAAAGGAAUCAGAGGCAUAUCUCUGCCCGAGCUUUAAUGCCUCCUCCUCGGUCAUCAACCAAUUCGUUUUCAAAUUCAGUUCAUGUUAAAUCAAGGUUUGGAGGUUCAUCAAGCAAAAAGCAACCCUUGCGGAGGGCUGAAAUGUCCACAUCCAGCAACACAUCAAAUAGCAUGAGUGAAUCUUCCUACAGAAACAGGGGAUCCUCAGAUUCACGGACGGGUCAGAGUAGUAACCUGAGUUCCAACUCUGAUGCUCACAAACCCCGAAGAAAAAGGAGGCCUAAGAAGAAAAAGCAACAGGCAUGAAUUGAUAAAAUUCUGCUGAUAUAAAUCUAUAAUCAAUUGAAGCAAACUCAUAGGAUGUUGAAGCAGUUCACAGCUUGGUUUAACCGUCUUCUUGUUUAUCUUAAUUUUUUCCAUUUUUGUUUUAGGUAACUAAAUUGUGUGGUACAGGCACAAUCUUUCACUCCCCAUUCUGGAAUUCUCUCAUCCUGACUUGUCUCGGAAUUAUUUGGAAGAAUUUCUGUUUCUUCUCAUUUCUUGUUUGUGGAUGGUUUUGUAAACUUUCGAUGGAAUCAAUCAAUGUCUAGAUUACACCCAUUUAAUUGCUCUA